AUGACAGGCACCGACUACUUUACGACCACGGCUACGCCUCAGCAGUGGAGGAACGCGAGCAAAGUUCUGUUGGAGAGAGCCAGAAACGGAAUGGCGUCCUCGAGCAAGCCACCCUCUCCCAAGUCGGGGACAGGCAGAAGUUCAUCUUCCUCCUUAGCAGAGAUCAGACUGGUUCUGCUGGGGAAGACCGGCAGCGGGAAAAGCUCCACCGCCAACUCCAUCCUGGGCCGAAAACUCUUUGACGCAAAGGUCGGCAGCUCUUCGGGUACCCGGCGGUCUCGGAGAGCCUGCGGAGAAAUCCGCGGGAGGCACCUGGUGCUCUUGGACACUCCGGGAAUUCUGGACCCUACGCAGACGCCCCAGGAUGUGCAGAAAGCGUUAAGGAAGACCGUUAGUCUCCUCUCCCCGGGGCCGCACGUCUUUCUCCUCAUUAUCCAGAUCUCGGGGUUCGCCCGGGAGGACAAAGAGGUGGUGCGUCACUUCAAACAGGCCCUCGGUUUCCAUGCUCUACGAUUGUCCAUUGUGGUUUUCACCCACGGAGACUGCCUGGAAGAAGGCGUCUCUGUGAAGCAGCGUAUGCUAGACAUGUCCCCGGACCUGCGGGAACUGGUGACACAAUGUGGGGGGAGGUACUGCGUCUUCGACAACCAGAGUUCCGGCAGCAAGGAGCAGACAUCUGAGCUGCUCGCCAUUGUGGACCGCAUGAUGCGGCCGGAUCACGGAGGAACCCGCUACGCCGGCGAGACGCUCCAGAGAGCGGGGGAGGAACCGGACCGGCGGCGCCCGCCGAAUUACGAAGACAACGAGCGAAAAAAGAAGCGGGAGGCAGAAAUGAAAGCCAGGUAUGAAAGAGAGCUUGUGCAAAAAAGGGAGCGGGAGACUGAGGAGCUGAAGAAACAACAUGAGACGGAGGAGGAGAAGCUGGCAGAUUUGGAGGGGGAAGCGUUUCGGGAGAUGGCCAGAGAGAUGCCCGUCCAUACGGAGGAGGAGGCCGGAGAAGCGCUCCGACACAAGUUGGAACACAUUAACAAAAUACUUGAGGAAGCAGCUGCGACGGAGAAGAUUCUAAGACAAGUUAUGGAAGAGAUCGUCAAAGUACAUACAGCGGAAAAUGAAAGGAAGGAAAAGGACAUCAGGCAGAGGGAAGAAAUGCAACGAGAGCUGGCUAAACUCUCGCAGAGUUCCGAGGAGCAGAAGAAGCAAACGCAGGAUUUGCUCAAGAAAAUCAGGAAGGAACGCGAGGAGUCGCCGCGCAGCGCUGCCAAACAUCUGAGCGGAUUUGUGCAGGAGAUGGCGCUGAUGGGGCUCAACGCGUCCUUGCAGCACGCCGGGACCAAAUGUUCCGUGCAGUAACAGCGCAAGUUCAUCAUUCGGCAACCUCCCUCCUGCCUGCGUUUUGUUCUUCUUCAUUGAAAGCCUUCGCUCAGCACCUUCACAUUGAUCAAGUCAUGACAAGGAUCAAUAAAAGAUCCGAAAUGCCCAGCCAACAUUUGUGUUCCUUUGGGUCGAAGAGUAGUA